AGGGGCUCCUUCCUUCUUCCGGCAGGAGAAAUGGUCCAGCGAAGGUGGUGGUUGCGGAAGAGGUGCGGCUUAUGGGCGGCGAAUGGGGUGAAAUCUAAGAGGCUCUCUUGACCUUUACAGAAGCAGCUCUGAAUUUUACGGAGGACAGGUGGCACCUGCAGGAUCCCAGCUGAAGAUCUUUGCGCUGGGAAGUCAUGGAGGAGAAUUAUAAGACGGUGGCCUCUCUAGAUGAUGGCCAAAGCAACGGGAACUAUAGAGAAGCACCAGAAACGGCUGCAGCUGAAGCAGGAAAAGAGAUGUUUGACAAUCAAAGGGACCCCCCAAACCAUGAACAAAACCAGUCAGAGAAUGUGAGGAAGAAAUCAUUGACUAUGCAGGGUUUUGAUGACCAAGAACCCCUGAUGCUACAAGAAGAUCAAAGCCGGAAGGCAUGUCCAGUAUGUGGAAAAAUACUUAGAGAUAAAUCGGAUUUCAGUAGACAUUACAGAAUCCACACAGGGGGGAAACCACAUAAAUGCACAGUGUGUGGAAAAAGCUUCCGUUUGCUCAGUAACCUUCGUAAACAUCAGAGAACUCACACGGGAGAGAAGCCAUAUAAAUGCAAGGAGUGUGGAAAGUGCUUCAGUGACAGCAGCAGUCUUACUCCGCAUGAAAGAUCCCACACAGGGGAGAAGCCAUUUAAAUGCACGGUGUGUGGAAAGAGCUUUAGUGUGAGUAGUCACCUUACCGUACAUCAGAGAACCCACACAGGAGAGAAACCAUUCAAGUGCAAGGAGUGCGGAAAGAGUUUCAGUGACAGCAGCAGCCUUACGCCACAUCAACGCACCCACACAGGGGAGAAGCCGUUUCAGUGUGUGGUGUGUGGAAAGAGCUUCAGAGUGAAUAGUCACCUUACUGUACAUCAGAGAACCCACACAGGGGAGAAGCCAUUUAAAUGCAAGAAGUGUGGGAAGUGCUUCAGCGACAGCAGCAGCCUUACUCCACAUGAAAGAACCCACACAGGGGAGAAGCCAUUUCAGUGCGUGGUGUGCGGAAAGAGGUUUAGUGUGAGUAGUCGUCUUACCGCACAUCAAAGAAUACACACGGGAGAAGCCAUUUAUGUGCAAGAAGUGUGGAAGGAGCUUCAGGUGCAGCAGUAGCCUUAACAUACAUCAAAGAAUCCACAUACUGGAGAAACAAUUUAAGUGCGCGGAGUCUGGAAAGAGCUUUAAUGAGCAAUACGUUUCAAAGAACACAGCAGCAGAGAAAUU